AUGGCUUCGUUGUACAAUCCACAACCCGAUAGGCUGACCUGGGGUGAAUGUCCCACAUUAUUUGCAUAAAGCAUAAGACCUGCCUGCUUUGCAGAACCAGAUAUCUUCCUCCUGAACAAAAACAGUGGGAAUACUUCCUGCUCCUCCCAGACCUGGUUUCAUUCUGACAGAGGAACACACACUUGUACUCUCAGGUAGGUGAAGCAAAGUCUGUACAGUAGGUUAGGACCACUGAAAGACUGUUUGUUUGUUUGAAAGGUAACAAUAUAGUUUGUCCUCAGUUCAGAUUGGUCUACCGAACUGCAUAGGGAGAGAGCUUGUUGGGAAAAAUUGGGCGUUACUUUUGUAACUGACAGUUUAGCUGUAUCCAUGAUACUUUUGUACUUUGUGACAUUGAAAACAAGAGCACUAGUUAAACAUUUAUAGAUGGCAUGUUGAUGUUUUACAGUUUGUUGAUGUAACUCAAAGGUAUGAAAGAUUACUUUUAGUUGUUUAUAGAUGACUGACAAGAUUGGAAAGACUGAGAAUGUCUGAAAAUGGCGACACCACAUUCUUUAAGGCCACAAAUGUAAUUUCCAGAAUGUUUUGUGUUAUGUUUUUUUUUUGCUUGUUUCUCUUUUGACACAAAGGAACAAUGGACUCAUUCACAGGUUCCUGCACACACAAAAGCAUUCCUGUAGAAACCGAUGAGUCCAUGACAUCAUCCAUGGACCUGGCAUGGCUCACUUCCUGUCAGCGGUGCUCGGGGCCCGGGGAGAGACCCAGGGAGCGGUACAGGUCGUCCCCCGAGGAGACGUUCGACUACACAUGCUUGGGCUCGCCAGAACUCCCUGAGACUCUCAGGACACCAUCCCCGAGUGGGAACGUGAGCCAGCACCAGUCCCAGUUGAGAGACGCUGUCCUGCCUUGGGGGGACCUCUCUCCCCCCCUCCCCGACAGGCCUGACCCUCUGAACCCUGCCCACCCAAGGUCACACAGCCACAAGUGGGGUCAGCACAGGGAUGAGCCUGGGGCUUACCAGAGGGAAGCAGAAAUCUACCCACAAUCUCCUGACCAAGCAGAGGAACACUCUGUUGAAGGAGCAGAGAGCUUAGAGCUUCCCUUGUCUCUAAAAUCUGAUUUUGACAACUUGCUGUGUCAACCAGCACAGCCAUAUAAAUGGAGCAGCCCAGUAGACCUCCCAUUCCAGAGACGGCCUCCUCCACAUCCAGCAUGUCACGGCUGUACGAAACACCAUCAUUACAUCCACCCACAGGAGAACCACCACCACCCUUCGGCCCGGACUCUGGCCACGCAGAGCAGGCCCAGGGGACAGGAAGUCUCACGACCCCCCAGGAUCACCCCUCCCCGGUUUGUGUCUCCACCCAGACAAGUGAUGAGUGAGAUCAGCGUGGUUCCCUCCUUCCCUGGCCUCCGCUCCCCAGGGCACUCUGCAGGCACUACACAGGAGAUUAAGAAGACCAUUUGUCUGCCUGACCAUUGCAGAAAGGUUUUCAUCACAUAUUCUGUGGACACACACAAGGAGAUACCUACAUUUGUGUCGUUUUUGAUAAACCAAGGGUUCAAACCAUCUAUUGACAUAUUCGAAAGUUCUAUUAGGACUAUGGAUAUCAAUAAAUGGAUGGACACAAAUUUAAAAGAUAAGUCCAUGUUAAUCAUCGUGGUAAUCAGUCCCAAGUACAAGACAGAUGUGGAAGGAGAUGGAAUGGAUGAACAUGGGCUCCACACCAAGUACAUUCAUACUCAGAUCCAAAACGAGUUCAUCCAACAGCGAUGCCUCAACUUCCGGCUGGUUCCAGUCCUGUUUCCCAACGUCACCAAGAAUCAUGUCCCAUCCUGGCUCCAGACCACCAGGAUCUACCGUUGGCCUGACGACAGUAACGACCUUCUACUCCGUCUGCUGAGGGAGGAACGCUACAUCCCACCACCCCUUGGCAAGGAUCUGACUAUAACUAUGCGGCCCCUCUGAGUUCCGCUGUCGCCGACGCUCUGACCUUAGCGCUCGUCUUGCACUCGUUCCUCUGCAUUCUCGAGACGAGUCGCCUUUUUGCUUUUCUGCUAGCUAUAUCAAAGGGAAAUUAUGUUUCAAAGUUACAAAGUAGCUGUUCGACUCGAAUCUGCAAUACAGUCCAUUAACCGCAUGGUGGCUGUGUUUGCUAUCGGAUGAUUCAAUUCUUCGUUUACAGUGAGUUACCUCCUUCUUCUUGUUUCGAAUAUUCAGUGUAACCAAUUUGUUAAUUAAAUAUACACCGUUUUAUAAACCUCU